GGGCGCGCUUGUGCGUUGGCGGCUGCGGACACCCGCUUGCGUCCCCGGCGCGGCGGGCCAUGGAGGCCCUACGGAUGGCCCACGAGGUCGCGCUUCGCCUGCUGCUGUGCAGGCCGUGGGCCUCGCGCGCCGCCGCCCGCCGCAAGCCCCGCGCCUCCGAGGUGCUGACGCGGCACCUGCUGCAGCGGCGCCUGCCGCACUGGACCUCCUUCUGCGUGCCCUACAGCGCCGUCCGCAACGACCAGUUCGGCCUCUCUCACUUCAACUGGCCGGUGCAGGGCGCCAACUACCAUGUCCUGCGCACGGGCUGCUUCCCCUUCAUCAAGUACCACUGCUCCAAGGCGCCCUGGCAGGACCUGGCCCGGCAGAACCGCUUCUUCACGGCGCUCAAGGUCGUCAACCUCGGUAUUCCAACUUUAUUAUAUGGACUUGGCUCCUGGUUAUUUGCCAGAGUCACAGAGACUGUACAUACCAGUUAUGGACCCAUAACAGUUUAUUUUCUCAAUAAAGAAGAUGAAGGUGCCAUGUAUUGAAAGUGUGCAUCGAAGAACAUAAAUAUCAGUGGAUUUUCUCUGUGUAUAUGUGCAGUAUUUAUUUUUGAUCCUUUAAAAUAAAACUUUUGCAAAUACUAUUUUCUUUCUACAGUAUCUGCUUCUUUAAGAUGAAUCAUUGCCCUCAAGAGGUGAAGCUUUUUGUACACUGUUAUAUAUUACGUACUCUGUUAGCUGAUGGGAACUACAAACACAUGAAGCUUCACACCAUUUUUUCCCUAGAACUAGGUUAACCUACAGAUAAAAAAUGAUUACAAUGUAAUAGAUUCUAUAAUUAGGUAUUAACAAUUUAAAUCAACUCUGAAGAAAAAAUAGAGAUGCCCACACAAAAGAGGAGGGGGGAAAAUAUUUUAUAUAACAAUGGAAAAAGAAGUAGAAGACAUUAGGAUGUAUGAUGGAAAUAUUAUAUCAUUGGCAAAUCGAAAAUUGAUGAGAAUCUAAUUGUAAUCUCAAGACUAAGCCAUUCAGCUGCCAGGAUUGUAAAUAGAAAUGUUUUAAAGGCCUUGUGCCAUUUACCUGGAGGAGGGGUUGGAGUGUAAUGUUGAAACUUCUUGUUGCUUAAAGAGUCCAAAACCAUAUCGUUUUUAAAAUGUAAUAAUAAGUGGUUAAUAUAAGUGUAGCAAGGUGAAUGAAAUUCAGACUUAUUAAAAGUUAAAAUAGCUUUCCUAUAAAGCUGCCAGAACAAUUAAGGUCUUCUAGAAAGAUGCAGAAAAAUAAAUUUAGUAACUGUUUAUAAAAGCAAUUAACUGAAAUGGUAUAUAUCCAUAGACUUAUUGGCAAUAGGGAAUGGGCUGAAAUUUUAAAGACCUAAUGGCACUUUUGCAUUUGAAUUUUAU